CGUUAGGACUGCGGUGUUCUGGAGCAUUCUACCGGCCGGUUGAGUGAGGAGAGAGGCGGAGGUGUAUCUCUCUCCUUGUCAGACUAACGGGGUGCCAAAUUAACGGCCUGUUCGUCCCGAUUUUAAACCUUGUUUAAAUUAUAAUUGAAGGGGCCGUUAUGUCGGUGGUCGGCUUUGAUGUGGGUUUCCAGAACUGUUACAUAGCGGUGGCCAGGAGCGGAGGCAUCGAGACCAUCGCCAAUGAGUACAGCGACAGGUGUACACCGGCUUGUAUAUCACUGGGAUCAAAGAAUCGGGCAAUUGGAGCAGCUGCCAAGACCCAGAUUGUGACCAAUGCAAAGAAUACCGUACAAGGCUUUAAACGAAUGCAUGGGAGAACUUUUGAUGACCCAUUUGUGCAAGCUGAAAAGAGCAAACUUUUAUAUGAGCUUCAGAAGAUGCCCAGUGAUAGUGUUGGAAUUAAAGUGCAUUACAUGAACGAAGAACGAAUUUUUGCUAUUGAACAAAUUACAGGGAUGUUACUGACUAAACUCAAAGAGACUUCAGAAAAUGCACUGAAGAAGCCAGUGACAGACUGUGUAAUUUCGGUCCCUAGUUUUUUCACCGAUGCAGAAAGAAGGUCUGUGAUUGCUGCUGCUGAGAUUGCAGGACUUAAUUGUCUGCGGCUGAUGAACGACACCACGGCAGUUGCUCUUGCAUAUGGUAUUUACAAACAGGACUUACCAGCUCCAGAAGAGAAACCAAGGAAUGUGGUCUUUGUAGAUAUGGGACAUUCAGCCUAUCAGACUUCUAUUUGUGCAUUUAACAAGGGAAAGCUCAAGGUUCUGGGAACUGCAUUUGAUCCCUACUUGGGUGGAAAGAAUUUUGAUGAGGCCUUGGUAGAUCACUUUUGUGAAGAAUUCAAGACGAAAUAUAAACUAAAUGUGAAGGCUAAUGGUAGAGCUUUACUCCGCCUGUACCAGGAGUGUGAGAAAUUGAAGAAACUAAUGAGUGCAAAUGCAUCUGAUCUCCCAAUGAACAUAGAGUGCUUCAUGAACGAUAUUGAUGUUUCUGGUAGAAUGAACAGACCACAGUUUGAAGAACUUUGUGCUUCAUUUUUAAGCAAAGUGGAGACCCCUUUAAAAAGCAUAAUGGAACAAGCCAAAUUGCAAUUUGAAGACAUCUACUCUGUUGAAAUUUUGGGUGGGGCAACAAGAAUUCCAGCAGUGAAAGAAAGAAUUGCAAAAUUCUUUCACAAAGAUUUGAGCAUGACACUUAAUGCAGAUGAAGCUGUAGCACGAGGUUGUGCAUUGCAGUGUGCAAUUCUUUCACCAGCAUUUAAAGUACGUGAGUUUUCCAUCACAGAUGUAGUUCCUUUUCCAAUCACUUUGAAAUGGAAAUCUGCAACUGAAGGGUUGGGAGAGUGUGAAGUUUUCAACAAAAAUCAUCCAGCACCGUUCUCCAAAGUCAUUACUUUCUACAAAAAAGAGCCUUUUGACCUGGAUGCAUGUUACAGUAAUCCUCGGGAAAUUUUAUAUCCUGAUUCCAGAAUAGGUCGGUUUACUAUUCAAAAUGUGGUUCCUCAAAAUGAUGGUGAAAGUUCAAAAAUCAAAGUCAAAGUUAGAGUCAAUAUCCAUGGUAUUUUCAAUGUGUCCAGUGCAUCACUGAUUGAGAAACCGAGACCAGAGGUUGGUCAGGAAGAUGUUCCAAUGGAAACAGGCCACUCAUCUCGGGGCACAGCAAAUGCAAAAAUGGAUGAUCAGGGCAAUAUGCAAGUUGAUCAGGAAGAAGUACAUUCACAGCAAAAAGACCAAGCUGAAGAGCAGAAUGAAGUUUCUCAGAAUGAUCCAGCUGCAGAAAAUAAAGACGACAAUAGCACAAAACCCAAAAUAAAAGUGAAAAGUGUGGAUUUGGUAAUCCAAAGUGAUCUGCCCCAACAUCUUGGUCAGGACCUUCUCAACAACUAUGUUGAAAUUGAGGGGAAAAUGAUUAUGCAGGACAAGCUGGAAAAAGAGAGAAAUGAUGCCAAAAAUGCUGUAGAAGAAUAUGUGUAUGAGAUCAGAGACCAGUUGUGUGGAAUUUAUGAAAAAUUCAUCAGUGAGGCAGACAAAAAAAAGUUCACACUGUUGUUGGAAGAAACAGAAAACUGGUUGUAUGAAGAUGGAGAGGACCAGCCUAAACAAAUAUAUCUUGAUAAACUGAAUGACCUAAAGAAACUUGGUCAGCCAGUUCAGAACCGAUACAAGGAGCAUGAGGAGAGACCAAAAGCAUUUGAUGAGCUGGGUAAAAAGAUUCAGCUUUUCAUGAAGACUGUAGAAGCAUAUAAAAAUAAGGAUGAAAACUAUGAACAUAUCGAUGCAGCAGAGAUGGCAAAAGUUGAAAAAAGUGCCAGUAGUGCCAUGGAUUGGAUGAACAGCAGAAUGAUUGCACAAAACAAGCAGAUGCUAUUUCAGGACCCUAUUGUGAAGGCAGCUGAGAUAAGGAAUAAAUUAAAGGAACUGGAGACUGCUUGUGACCCGAUUGUUAACCAAACAAAGCCCAAAGUGGAACCACUUCCUGAAAAGGAGGAGAAAGCCAAUGGACCAUUUAAUAGGGAAGGGAUUGAUCCAAAGUCUGAAUCUAAUGCUGCAGCUGGAGACAAUACCAAACAGCAAAAGCCAGCAGAAAACCAGGGCACAGAAAUGGAAGUGGAUUGAAUACAGCCUCUUUUGUAUAUUUAAAAAAAGUCCUUUGUGCCCAUCAUCCAAGACUACAGUUUCUGUUGUACGUCUAGCUUACAUGGCACAUAUUCAAUUAUUCUCAAAUGUACCUAGUUCAGUGUCAUUAGUAUUAAAAUGGUGGAAACAAGAA